AUAUUUUAUUUGGUUAUGAACAUUCAAGGGCUGACAAGCACAAUGUUGCUCCGUCUCCUUGUGCUACUUGUUCUUCUUCAAAGCUAUGCAGAAUCAAGAAAAAUUUCAGUAGAUUAUCCACCUUGGGUUUGGUGGGAAUAUUGGAAUUCGUCAAUUCCUACAUGUGAAAGCGACCAACCUGGAUGGGCAACAGGCGGUCGCGGAACAAAUGGUUGGGGAACAAGUGAUUGGGGAACUGGCGAUUGGGGAACUGGCAAUUGGGGAACUGGUGAUUGGGGAACUGGUGAUUGGGGAACUAGUGACUGGGGAACUGGUGAUUGGGGAACUAGUGAUUGGGGAACUAGUGAUUGGGGAACAGGUGAUUGGGGAACAGGUGAUUGGGGAACAGGCGAUUGGGGAACAAGCGAUUGGGGAACUGGUGAUUGGGGAACUGGUGAUUGGGGAACUAGUGACUGGGGAACAGGCGAUUGGGGAACAAGCGAUUGGGGAACAGGUGAUUGGGGAACAGGUGAUUGGGGAACAAGUGAUUGGGGAACAGGAGAUUGGGGAACAGGCGAUUGGGGAACUAGUGGACCAUGUGUUUGCCAGUGGGGAACUGGCAAACAGGGAACAGGUAGAUGGGGAACUGGAAAAUAUGGAACUGGCAAAUGGGGAACAGGAAGAUGGGGAACUGGAAGAUAUGGAACAGGAAGAUCUGGCACUGGUUAUUGGGGAACCGGAAAGCCCAGUACAGGAAAAUGGGGAACUGGAAGUUGGGGAACAGGAAGACCUAGCACUGGUAAAUGGGGAACUGGAAGUUGGGGAACAGGACGACCUAGCACUGGUGACUGGGGAACUGGAAGCUGGGGAACAGGAAGACCUAGCACUGGUAAAUGGGGAACUGGAAAGCCCAGUACAGGAAAAUGGGGAACUGGAAGCUGGGGAACAGGACGACCUAGCACUGGUGAUUGGGGAACUGGAAGUUGGGGAACAGGAAGACCUAGCACUGGUGACUGGGGAACUGGAAGCUGGGGAACAGGAAGACCUAGCACUGGUAAAUGGGGAACUGGAAAGCCCAGUACAGGAAAAUGGGGAACUGGAAGCUGGGGAACAGGACGACCUAGCACUGGUGAUUGGGGAACUGGAAGCUGGGGAACAGGACGACCUAGCACUGGUGAUUGGGGAACUGGAAGCUGGGGAACAGGAAGACCUAGCACUGGUAAAUGGGGAACUGGAAGUUGGGAAACAGGAAGACCUAGCACUGGUGAUUGGGGAACUGGAAGCUGGGGAACAGGAAGACCUAGCACUGGUAAAUGGGGAACUGGAAGUUGGGGAACAGGAAGACCCAGCACUGGUGACUGGGGAACUGGAAGCUGGGGAACAGGAAGACCUAGCACUGGUAAAUGGGGAACUGGAAAGCCCAGUACAGGAAAAUGGGGAACUGGAAGCUGGGGAACAGGACGACCUAGCACUGGUGAUUGGGGAACUGGAAGCUGGGGAACAGGAAGACCUAGCACUGGUAAAUGGGGAACUGGAAGUUGGGAAACAGGAAGACCUAGCACUGGUGAUUGGGGAACUGGAAGCUGGGGAACAGGAAGACCUAGCACUGGUAAAUGGGGAACUGGAAGUUGGGGAACAGGAAGACCCAGCACUGGUGACUGGGGAACUGGAAGCUGGGGAACAGGAAGACCUAGCACUGGUAAAUGGGGAACUGGAAAGCCCAGUACAGGAAAAUGGGGAACUGGAAGCUGGGGAACAGGACGACCUAGCACUGGUGAUUGGGGAACUGGAAGCUGGGGAACAGGAAGACCUAGCACUGGUAAAUGGGGAACUGGAAGUUGGGGAACAGGAAGACCUAGCACUGGUGAUUGGGGAACUGGAAGCUGGGGAACAGGAAGACCUAGCACUGGUAAAUGGGGAACUGGAAGAUUUGGUACUGGUAAAUGGGGAACUGGAAGAUAUGGUACUGGUAAAUGGGGAACUGGAAGAUACGGCACUGGUAGAUGGGGAACUGGAAGAUAUGGUACUGGUAAAUGGGGAACUGGAAGGUACGGCACUGGUAGAUGGGGAACUGGAAGAUAUGGUACUGGUAAAUGGGGAACUGGAAGAUACGGCACUGGUAGAUGGGGAACUGGAAGUUGGGGAACAGGCAGACCAUGUAUUUGUCCGUGGGUAACAGGCAGACCCAGUACUGGUUAUUGGGGAACUGGAAGAUAUGGAACAGGAAAAUGGGGAACAGGAAGAUACGGCACUGGUAGAUGGGGAACUGGAAGAUACGGCACUGGUAGAUGGGGAACUGGAAGAUAUGGUACUGGUAGAUGGGGAACUGGUGGCUAUGGUACAGGCAGGUGGGGAACUGGUGGAUAUGGCACAGGUAGAUGGGGAACUGGAAGACCUAGUACUAGUGAUUGGGGAACAGGCGUUGUAAAGGGAUAUUGCCCCAAAGGAAUUUCAGGCUCAUCAUCAAUGGAAUGUCACGAAGAUGAACAUUGUAUCAAUAGGUUUGGUUCUGAUGACUGGAAAUGCUGUGAUACAGGAGCAGGAACAACGUGUUUAAAAGCAAUACCCUUCGAGAUAACAAAAUGUCAACAUGCAAGAGAACUAGCCAAUAUUAGUUUGAUGCUGAAUAGCAGUAUGCCUAUUACAAUGCCAUCCUGUGACAAAAAUGGAGAUUUCAGUAAAAUCCAGUUCUCAGUUUCACUUGGUGUACGGUGGUGUUCCUUCCCUAAUGGAACAGUAAUUCCCGGCACUCGAACAACUAGUGGUAUACCUAAUUGCUCGAAGCAAUAUAAAAACACAUCAAUUUGCAAUCGAAAGGAUUCUUUAAGGAGUUGUAACGAAUCUUUGUGCUCAAUGUUUAAGUGCAGAGAGCAUCCAAGAGCAGAAUGUAGAAUUAAUCCUUGUGGUAAAAAUUGCUCGGUUGAAUAUUUCAUAGGUGAAAAGAAGGUUAACUGUACCCUUAUUGAAACUAAGGAUAAAGAUCAUUCAAAUGUCUGUUCAAUGUCAUUGACCGGAGUGGGAACCUCUGGUGAAGAAAGAUACUACUAUGAUUCUUCAUCAGAAACGUGUCGCUCAUUUUUGUAUAACGGUAUAAAUGGAAAUAAAAAUAAUUUCAAGACAAAGGGAGAGUGCAUUAAGAGAUGUCAAGGGGUUUUAUGCAAAGAAAUGGAGCCAUGUGAAAAUCAGGCAAUGCAAUGCAGCGAUAUAAAUGCAACUUGCCAUAAAUAUCCCGAAGCAUAUUGCCAAAUGGACUUUUGUUCAUGUAAUAAAACUCUCUUCAUUGAUCCUAUUAAAAAGACAACUGUAAACUGUCAAAAAACAAUAAAAUUAUGUCAUCGAAGGCACGCAAAAUACGUCCUGGAUAAGAUGAUGAAUAUUACGGGUGAUUGGAAACCACAAUGUACCGAUGAUGGUGCAUUCCGUCCUAAACAGUGCUCAGAUACGAUAUGCUUCUGCGUUGAUCCAAGAGGACAACAACUUUCUCAAAUAUCUGUUAAGAAAUCCGAAUCAGACUUGCUUAAUUGCAAAACUCAAGAAAUUAGACAAUUCGUAUCAAGCAUCAAAUUCGAUCAUUCGUUUAGUAUUGUUAAUAAAGUUGGCGUUCUAAAAUUUAAGAGUGAUAUGGCAAAGAAAAUCGCGUCGGAAUUGGAAAUUUCUUUUAAUCAUAUUCAAAUUAAAAAUGUCGUUCGAGGAAGUAUCAUAGUGCACUAUGAAGUGAAAACUAACAGAGAUGUAUCCGCAGAAAUGGAUAAUUUCUUUAGAAAGAUCUCAACAGAGAAAUUCACGAUUGAAUGGAACGAACCAAAUCUUAAACUCAAACUAACGGCCGUUGCUGAAAAGCCUCAAACAACGCAUAAAUUAACUGAAGUUGACACUACAAAAGACGAAGAUGAAGAUGAUAAAGAUUCGGAUAGUACUCUUUUGGCGCUGAUUAUUUCCGGUGUUGUAGCCUUCUUAUGCGUAAUAGGCCUUGUUGUAAUGAUCGCAUUUUGGCUAUCAAGGAAAUCUUCUGGCGCAAAGAAUUUUGAAAAAUUAAGUCAACGACAAAAAGCCAUUAGUGAUAUAUAUGUUACUUCUGAGUCUGAAAAAGUUCCGCUUGAUUGA